AGACCACCACCCACCACUUGUCUUCCAACCUUACAAGUGAACCUAACAGCACUGUGAAACCAUCCACUUCAGCUCCAUUGGUCUCAAGGAGCAAGAUGUCUACCACCAUGAAACCCAUAGCAACGUCCAAAAUGGUGACACCAGGGAUCUCAACAAAUGCGACUUCUACAACUAUAAAGUCUACAACCAAAACAACAAGUGUUGCACAAAACAUAACCCAGAUGUCAACAUCCACGGUGACCACAGCCCAUAGUAGUUUGCUGACCUCUCUAACAGUCACAGCAACUAUUCAUUCUAAAGAAAAUAAAGGAUCGAAAUUUGAUACUGCCAGCUUUGUUGGUGGUAUUGUAUUAACGCUGGGAGUUCUAUCUAUUCUUUACAUUGGAUGCAAAAUGUAUUAUUCAAGAAGAGGCAUUCGGUACAGAACCAUUGAUGAACAUGAUGCCAUCAUUUAAGGAAAUCCACGGUCCAAGGAAAGAAGUCUGCAGCCUAUCAAUUGAUUUGGUUUAUUUUUAGUUUAAAACAAUAUUCUCUUCUUGAAAUUAAUGUAAGCAGGUCAUGCGUGCAGUGUACAGUGUAUAUAAACGUGUAGAAGGGCAUGGUUUGCAUAUUUAGGUAUUUGGAGCUAACGUAGUUCAUACAGUGAUGCUGUUCACUUUUAGCAAAUAUGCAGACAAGACCUAUCUUUUGUGUGUGUGGCAUUGGUCACAUAGGACCAGCGAUUGAAAGACAUCACAGUUAGAGGGCAGCAUGCCAUCUGGUGUACAGUCAAGGAGCUUGUCACAACACUCAGGAUUUUCAUGUUUCUUCAGUACUUUUCAGAGCUAGGUAUGUCCUAAUUACUCAAUGCCACACAACAGAAAUUAUCCCAUUGGGAAGACUGGGUCUGAAGCAUAAGUUAAAGUGUCAGCAUUUAUGUUUCAAAGUAGUUGGUCUAGCUACAGAAUCCAUACUCCCCCCAAAAUAAAAUCUUCAAAUAAAGCCCCAGACUGCUUUGCCCUAGUAGAGACCCAGUGGAGAGCUGCAUUUUUACUAGCUUUUGAGCAAUGUUAGUUGUUUUUUUUCUCUGUAUAAUUCAGGCAAACUGCAGUGCUUAACAUAAUGUCUUAAAGAUGCAGAUAAAAGACUGGCAUUAUAGGAAAAACUCCUCAGUUAGAUUAUUUGCUACUGUGAAAAAUAUUGUCACCACUGGAAAUUGCUUUUAUUUCAUAUUCACUUGUCAAUUUUAAUUUUAUAUUCAGUGAAUAUUUUUUAAGAAAUGUGGAGCUGCUUGUAUCUGGAAAUUUUUAGUGGAAUGUAAAAAUAACUUUUUUUUAAAAGCCCUUUAUAUGAUUUCCAAAACAAUAUUUACAAGUCUGUAAUCAUCAAAACUAUAGAUUAAUGCUGUUUUUAUUAAACCAGGGAUUGUGAGGUCUCCCCAGGGUACUAAACCUGCAGGCUGAAAAUGCUGCAUUUUUGUACACUGUCAACUUUACUCAGAUUUGGGGAAAUGACAUUUUUAUACUUUAUAAUGUAUUUUGGAAUAAAGUGUUGCAUUUUCCUUCUUUAGGUAUCCCUGUAGACCACUCCUCUUCCUCUAUUGCUGGAGGAGAGCUAAUCUCAGAUGCACUAUGUUAAGAGAAAAAGCACAGUGUUAGAGAAACACCAAUGUUAGCCAAUACACUAACACUGGAGUGUUUUUAGUUUUACAGUUUAUAUUCCAACACUCAAACUCAGGGUCAAGUUUUAAUAAAAGAGGUAUUUAGUUACUAAAUACCAAGAUGACAUUUCUGUCCUAGAGGGCCAAUGUAAAUCACACCAAUUUCUGAAAGUCUGAAAAUGAGCUAACAUGUCCUAACGGAUACACGCCUACACUUAGUAAAACUUUUAUGAGCAUGCUUAGAUACCAAGAUUUUGAUGUAAAAGGUAAUGUUGACGUCUGUGCAUCGGCCAGUUGGUGUGAUGGACAUGGAUCUGUCCCAUCUGUAAACUGAGUGUGGCGGAAACUGGAAUACGUAUGGCUAGAUUGAUUUGAAAAGAAAUGUGGGCGGAUGGGUAAAUUGUAUGUUUCUAGCUUGGCUCGAACUGGUUGUGCAACCACUGCUUUCAUUUGUUUGCAAGAUGGAGGUGAGGUGUACAGUGAUGAGGGCCUUUGCAGUUUAACUUCUCUUGGAACGUCAGUGGCAGCCUGAAGUUUUUCUGGAAUACUUGUUUCUUCAGCACUUUGAAGAUUUGCCUUUGCAGUACCCGCUGCUUUUUUGGCUAGGAAGUAAUGUAGUCAGAUCUUUUCUCUGUAUAUAAGCGCUGUGAUUCGUUACUGUCAGUGCAGUUGUUUUUAUCUGCAGGAAUUGAAAAAGGCAGUAAUGAAAACAACAGUACUUUGAAACACACUUACGUGUCUUCCUAGUUAGGGUUAACCAAACGCUCAGUCUUCUUUUCAUUCCUUGACAAUAUACUUACUUGAAGAUAAAAACAAUCCAGAUGUAUGUCUAAAAACCAGGCAGAGGCCACUCUGGUUUUUAAAAAUCCAUAAAAAGGAUAAUUCAAAUAUAGACAAAUGAGACAAAUAUAUUGGCAGUAUAUUACAGUAGUGAUAAUUUUGUAUUUUCCAAAAAAAAUUAAAGCAAAUUCCUGUUACCCUUUUUUCUAUGAUAAUGGCCAGCUUUUGGUAUUUCAUUGUUACUGAGGUCUAUUUUUAGAAUAAAACCUGUUUUCCAUUUAACAUUUUUAGAGUUUUCUUUUUCAUGUAGAUAGGCUUGGACUUUAUUUCUGCAGUGACAUACUUAGAGUUGAACAGAAAUAAAAGGCCUACAGGUACAGCAAAGCCAGGUUCUCGGGCUGGGUCAAAGAGGUCCCUCUCCAGCAGGCUCACAGAGAAGCAUCCACUCCUUUCCACCAGUUUUGGAAUUUUGCCGGCUUUGCGCUCAGUGAUUUCUUCAGAACCCUUAGGUGGCAGAUCAUCUUCAUACUGGCUGUCCUUUGUUUGAACCACGAAUGCACUUUCAGCAUGCCUCGACAGUUCACCUCCUCAAGGUGCCAUGUCCCCAGCCUUUAUUCCCAGCUUUUCCUGAAGGGCCUGGAAGCUGCAGUUGUGCUGGCUUCUGAUUGUACAUCACACACUCAGUGGACGUCCUUGUAAAACUUCUGCAGCCUGUUUGUCAAAGAGGUAGGCACCCAGCCACAUUCAUUGUGCCUUCAGACUGAGUCGAGUCCAGAACUAGAGCACAGCUGCUGCUUUGUGUCCUCCUGGCUAGUUUUUUAUUAGAGACUAUCCUGCAAUUUCUGGUGUGAAAACAAAUGGAGUUUGUGUUAUUUUCGGGAGUGUCUGCACAAAUGAGGCUCUUCCAGUGCCAUUUUGCACAGCUGUCUUCCUCCUGCAGCUGUAGUUGCAGCCCUCCCUGGGGGUUUGUCAUUGCUGCUACCUGCUGUCCUGUCCAGAGCCCUUGGUUCUCCUGUGCCUCAAACUAAGGCAGGCACAGGAGUGGCCACUACUUACCCCAAACCUCCUUACCCAUUGUGCAGUGAGGCCAGCUGCCUCAGCCAGACCCUAACAUUUGGUUUUGCCUCAUUUUAUUAAAUUCAAGAAAAAUUAACAGAAAAGCCAAAAAUAAAAGGGCAGAUUUCAAGUGCUGAGCUGACAUUAUAAAGAGGGAUUCUAGGUGUGGUUGCCUAGAUAUGUUGACAGCACUAUCUAAAACUUUGUACAAAGGCAAAUUCUUAGGACCCUGCCCAGACCUAUUGAAUCAGAAACUGUAGGUGCUGCAACCCAGCAAAAAAAUCUUAUACACCAGAGUCUGAGAACCACUGGCUUUCAAGUGAACCUGCCUUUAUUUUGUUGGGCAGAAGUUUUUAAAUAAAAAGGCUACAAAUACAUUAUUUUCCACAUCCCUUCUCUUCAUGUCUAGCUGUAAUGUAUAUCUGAGAAUAAAUGAAGUAUCUGCUAUUAAAAGUGUGCCAUCAUAAGGAAAUCCUGUGUGUAAUAAGGUGCCCUGUAGGGAAGCCUGAUGUCAGAGUGCGUGGGUUUAAAUGUUUUACUGCUUUCUUGCUCUAGGACCUUGGGGAAGCUGCUCCUCUCCUCCAUGUAUUUGACACCUAAGAUCAAGGGGCUUGUGCCUCGUCACAUGUGGAAAGGCAAAGAGCAAGAGGGAACGGUGGCAUCCAUAGCACCCGCCUGACCUAAACACCUUACCUCUAAAGCUCCCAUUUCCGAUACCGUCAUGUUGGCGAUUCAAUUCCAAAAUAAGUUCUGGAGGAGACCAACAUUGAAGCUGUAGCAGAUCCUGGGUGGCACAGAGUAAUGCUUAAAAGUCUUACUAAUACAG